UUUUUUUAUUUGGUAACGUUGGCAACUAGGUAUAUUUGGGUUAGUGUAUACAGUCAGCUGAUUAAUGCAAUUGAAACGUGCAAUUCCCAAAUACAAUGCUUAGUAGCAAAUAAGCUUUUGAAAAUACUAUCAAAAAUAAUUUAUAGUUAAUGACAUCCUGAAAAUAUAUUUUAAUAAGCUGCACAAAGUCAUGUAAAAUUAGAAAUUUAACUGUUCAGAACUGAUAUCAUUAAUAAUGUGGCACUUACGACGUUUUUUCACGCAAUUCGCUGAAGAAAUCAGCGCACCUACCGAUUUAAUUAGUUGCUUGCAGCAAACGCCUCAGAAAAUACAUAACAGUUUUGGCGGUUAUCGUAAUCUCGAUAGUUUAACAUGGCUACACAAUGCAGCCCCAUGUUUUCCGCUUCGCGGUGAACAAAUUCAAAUAAUUCAUGAGCCGCAUCACUUCUAUGAAACGCUAGUGCAACGUAGCGCGGCAGCUCGAGAGCGUAUUGUACUAGCCAGUUUAUAUCUGGGUACAGGUCAAUUGGAAAACGCUUUCGUACAAACAUUACGUAGCAGCUUACAACAACAAUCCUCACUGCAUGUCAAUGUACUAUUGGACUUUACGCGCGGUACACGAGGGGAAGUCAACUCCAAAACGAUGCUGUUGCCGCUUUUACGAGAUUUUGGCGACCAGAUGAGAUUAUCACUUUAUCAUACACCAGACUUACGUGGUAUGACAAAAAGAUUAGCUCCACCACGUUGGAAUGAGCUACUCGGGCUGCAACACAUGAAAGUUUAUCUCUUCGAUGACGCUGUUCUUAUAUCGGGAGCGAAUUUGUCAAAUGAUUAUUUCACGAAUCGUCAAGAUCGUUAUAUACUCAUUGAAGAUAAACCACUUGCAGAUUUUUAUGCACAGUUUAUUGCUAGAGUGCAAGAAUUUAGUUUGGCUGUCAAUAAAAAUGCACAGGAAGAAUUGCAUAAAGAUGGAAAAAUUCUACCAUAUGAAGGUGUAAAAGAAGAAUUCAUUAUGCAUGCAAAACAGCGUAUAUCUGAUUUUAUGAAGGAUACCUACAUUCAACAGCAGAAAAUAGUGGAGGAACAGAAAGGUGCUGAUACAUGGAUAUUCCCGCUGGUUGAAAUGGGUCAAAUAGGUAUUCACCACGACAGCCUUGUGACUAAGCAACUCCUAUCAUCGCCAAUUGAAGGUUCCCGCCUGAAACUUGCCACCGGUUAUUUUAAUUUAACUCAGGAAUACAUGGAUACCUUGGCUAGUAAUUGUUUGGCUCAGUGCAGUAUUCUAAUGGCCCAUCCUAAUGCAAACGGGUUUCAAGGUGCUAGUGGUCCCGCUGGUGGCAUACCGGCGGCAUAUACAUUAAUAGCAAAGAAGUUUUAUGAAAACCUUGUGCAGCUGAAGCAAAAUCAUCGUGUGAACUUCUUUGAGUAUGAAAAAGAUGGUUGGACCUAUCACGCCAAAGGAUUAUGGUAUUAUCUGCCAGACACUUCAUUUCCUAAUGCUACACUGAUUGGCUCUUCAAACUUUGGCGAACGUUCUGUGAAUCGAGAUCUUGAAACACAGGUGUGCCUCGUUACCACAAACGAUGGAUUGGCAGAACGUUUACAAGGCGAAGCAGACCGACUGUUUAGUUCUUCAAGUACUGCAGAGAAUGAAAUUACCUCAAGACCUGUACCUCAUUGGGUACAAGCCGUAGUUAAAGUAUUUAGAAAUUUCUUUUAAGUGGUGUCUAAUGUCUGUGACAGACAUGUGGUAACAGGCAGAACUGAAACUGGGAACAACUUUAAGUUAAGGAGUGUGAAUUUAAAAGCCACCCUCAAAUUUACAAAACAAAAUAUUUCUUUGCUAAAUUUUAUUUUUUUGGAAGAUUUGAGGAUAAGUUAGUUUUAUCUCCGAUAUUAUCUAUUUUUGUACUAUGUGUAUAGUCUUUAUUGGAGUUAGUUGCACAACAAACAUGUUGGAUUUAGAAAAUUUUUUCGAAAUAUUUUAAUAUACUACAAUAUUUCUUUUUAAAUAUGGUUUUCUUAUAUACGGUUUCAAAUGUCUGUUUAUAUUUAUGGAGUUUGUAUGUCAAAAAGCUCAAAUUUAAUACUUAUAUGAAAAAAUAAAUUACUACAAUUUUAAUUGCCACAUACAUUUAUAUUUGUAAAUUAUGCUAUAUUGCGACUUAAGAAAAGAAAAUUGCUAUAGCAAUGACUACAUAUACUCUUGCAUUUUAAAUUUUAUAAAAUUCAUAAUUUAACAUAAAUUGAUAUUUAGAAUCGAUACCUUUUAACUAUCGAUUUAACAGAUUUUCGAUAAGCUCCCCUAAUUGUAAUAGAUUUGAAAUGGUAAAAGAUGCUAAACACAGCUGUGAAACUGAGGCUGCCAUUAUUACAGAAAAGGUUUUGUAAUUGCAUUCGGUGGAAGGGAAAUAUAUUUAAUUAAAAUAUUUAUAUGUUUGGUUGUUAAGUUGAAAGUUUUAUCACGCUUAUUCCCAAUACAUUUAUUUUGCUUUUAAGAUACUUUCAUUUCUACUCAAAUGAAAAAUUAAUAUGGCAGCACUGGCUGUGAAGCAACAUAAAAGAAACUGAAAAAAUGUCUCGAAAGCGUUUGCAAGAUCGGCUAUAGCGGCAUUUUGCUAGUUUGAUUUGCGUUGUUCGGUUGGACAGUUUAUAUUGUUUGGUACGGUAGUGCGCGUAAUUAAAGUUGCGUGAACGUUAUAUACAUCGUUUUCGAAAAUAUUAAUCGGAUUUUGAUAGUAUUUCUUCAUAUGAAUCUUAAAUAAUCCAAUUCAGAUUCGUUGCGGAUCUUAUGCGCUUACGCGGUGCUUUUGUUUACAUUUACUAGUGCGGAAUUGUGAUUUUAAGCAAAAUUUCAGUACUACGACACAUUUAUAUAUCAAUUAAUUUUUGACAUCAAGCCAAUAUUUUGUAAGGGAACCGAUAGAUCAAAUGUGCUAUUGUUAUCAAGACUUAAUUAAAAAGCCAGUGUGCUUAUAAUAAAUAGAAAAUAAGUUUCACGCUGAAAUAAAUUACUUGAUCAAAUGAAUCAAGUGACUAACGAAUUUCGAUCAAGUCAAGUCCACCUACGCAUAUAACAAAAAUAUAUUUGUGACAACAUCCGCUUACUACGAAACCGCUUUUGUGUAGUUUUACUAAGCUGUAUUUGUGUGUGUUUGCUUUUGUCACAAUUGAUCGCAUUUUUAAUUGCAGCCAUAAUUUGCCAACAUAAAUUCAAUUAAACUUACUAAUUGCUCCGUUCGCCCAACCUUUGUUAAGUGAAUAUGUAUGAGCUAGACGAAAGAUAAUUGCAAGUGUCACGCUACUUUAUGAAAAAGGUCAAUUACAAAUAAA